GCCCGGAGCCGCCGGACGCGGCGCUGGAGGAGGCGGAGAGGGCGCGGCGGCGGCGGACGGCGGUGCGGCUGCGGCGGCUGCGGCGGGAGCUGGCGCCGGAGCGCGGCGCGGCGCCGGGGCGCAGCCUCACCCGGCAGGCCAUGGAGCAGAUGCGGUACCUGCGGCGGGAGCUGCCCGAGGAGUGGCCGCUGGAGCGCCUGGCCGAGGGCUUCGGCGUCAGCCCCGACGAGGCGCGCAGGGUGCUGCGGAGCGGCUGGAGCCCGUCGCCGCGGCGCGGGCAGCGGCAGGACGCCCGGGCGCUGGGCGCCGCCGCCGGGGCCGGGGCCGUGCCGAAGCCGGUGCCGCGGGGCGCGGGCGCGGGGCGCGGCGGCCGGGAGGUGCUGGCGCCCGACGGCAGCCUGCUGUACCGGCUGCCGCGGGGCCGGGGCGGGCCGGGGCCGGGCGCUCAAUAAACGGCCGGGCGCGACCCGCCUCCCGCCGCCGGCGUCUGCGUGUUACCCGUGGGGCCGCGCGGGCCCGUGCGCCGGCCAUGGGCUCCGAGGCGGCGCGGCUGCUGGAGGCGGCGGACUUCGCGGCCAGGAAGCACAAGGCGCAGCGGCGGAAGGACCCCGAGGGCACCCCCUACAUCAACCACCCCAUCGGUGUAGCCAGGAUUUUGACCCAUGAGGCUGGUGUGACAGACAUUGUUGUGCUGCAGGCUGCUCUCCUGCACGACACGGUGGAGGACACGGACACCACGUUCUCAGAGAUAGAAGAGUGCUUUGGGGAAGAGGUGAGGCGUGUUGUGGAGGAGGUGACGGAUGAUAAGACACUGCCAAAGAUGGAGCGAAAGCGCCUGCAGAUAGAGCACGCGCCCAACUGCAGCCCGAGGGCCAAGCUGGUGAAGCUGGCAGACAAGCUGCACAACCUGCGCGACCUAAACCGCUGCACCCCAGCAGGCUGGUCGGCGCAGCGCGUGCACGAGUACUUCCAGUGGUCGGCGCGGGUGGUCGGCGGCCUGCGUGGGACGAGCCCGCCGCUGGAGGCGGCGCUGCGGCAGCUCUUCGAGGAGCGCGGGGUGCCGCUGUGACCGGGCCGCGGCCCCGGCAAUAAACGUGCGAGUCGCCACCGCC